AUGACAGUGAUGCUGGCUAGCCUUCUGUUGCUGAUCUCCACACAAAUGCUGGCUUCAUGUCAGCUCAUGAUGGAUAUGGCUUUGCAUUCAUUUGAUGACCAGUAUCUAGGGUGCAGAGAGCAGGUGAUGGAAGAACUGGAAAGAGGAGACUAUUUCCAAAAGGAAAUAGCUGCUAACAAGGACUACUUGAGUCUCUGGAAAAAAGCUCAAGAGGCUUUGUUAAAGAGCCCUGUAGGUCUCCUGAGAGAGAUGCAGGAGAGCCAUGCCAUAGUCCUCAUGACUUACACCAUGAACUCUUCCCUACACUCGCAGCUGAACUGGGCCACAUCUAUAGCAGGAAGCUCUCCAGAGCACUACAGACACAACUUCAGUUUCAAAUAUUUUCACUUUUACCUGACAACUGCUAUCCAGAUAAUGAAGCAAUGGCAGAGCAGCAAGGAGAGCACGGGGAAACAUAAGUGCUACCGGGUGCACAGGGGUGUAAAAGACUUGUAUAUCAAAGCCAUGGAAAGCAGCAAGGUGCAAUUUGGCCGUUUCACCUCCACCUCCCGCCUCUGGAAUGAAGCCCAGAAGUUUGGGAAUGAAACUUUGUUCACAGUGACCACUUGCCUAGGAGCAGCUAUGCAAGGCUUUUCUUACUACGUAUCUGAAAAAGAAGUCCUCAUUUUCAUGAGCCACAUGAUCCAGUUUUUUACUUCAAAAAAAGGUCUAAAUGAUUGCUCUCUUGGCUUUAUUUCAGCUUCAAGAAGCAAGAACAGUGGUUCCACUGCCCUCACCUCAGCCAUUCUUCCUCAUGUAGUUGGAGUUUUCAUGUGCUUGGCGCACAGUGACUGA